AUGAUGGUACCGGAUUAUGCUAUGAUCGCCGAGAUCUCGCUCUAUUCAUGUGGUUUCGUGAAUGCCCGUCCACUAGCCGUGAAAAUUGUGGCCACUUACAGAUUGUGCUCGGAACAACUAUCCAGUCAGGCUCAUUACGAUUACGGAAUGCGUGCCGUUAAGUCGGUGCUCACGGCAGCCGGCAAUCUCAAGUUAAAAUAUCCGAACGAAGAUGAAGACGUACUGAUGUUGCGUUCAAUCAUCGAUGUGAACUUGCCCAAGUUCCUCAAUCACGAUUUGCCAUUGUUCAACGGAAUCACCUCUGAUCUGUUCCCGGGUGUGGAACGACCGUCACCGGACUAUGAAGUACUGAAUGCGGCCAUCAAGAAUGCGUGUGAACGAACUAAUUUACAGAACACAGAUUUCUUCGUGGAAAAGAUUCAACAAAUUUACGAAAUGAUGAUUGUGCGUCACGGAUUCAUGAUUGUCGGUGAUCCGUUCGGUGGUAAGACCAAGGCUUAUCAGACUCUCGCAUUGGCAUUGGCCGAGAUAUGUGAAAAAGGUCUGAUGGAAGAAAACAAAGUUCAAUAUACGGUGAUUAAUCCCAAAGCAAUAACUAUGGGCCAAUUGUAUGGACAGUUUGAUCCUGUGUCACAUGAGUGGUCUGAUGGAAUUUUGGCCGUCUCUUAUCGAGCAUUUGCCACCUCAACCACACCGGAUCGUAAGUGGUUGAUUUUUGACGGACCGGUUGAUGCAGUUUGGAUUGAGAACAUGAACACGGUGCUGGAUGAUAACAAAAAGCUUUGUCUGAUGUCUGGUGAGAUUAUUCAGCUUGCACCGACCACCAACUUGAUUUUUGAGCCGAUGGAUCUGGAAGCUGCUUCACCGGCCACGGUGUCUCGUUGUGGUAUGAUCUACCUAGAACCGGCAAGUUUGGGAUGGCGUCCGCUAUUUCGGAGUUGGUUAAACACUUUGCCAGUAGCAAUCAAGCCUUCCCAUAAAGAGGUCUGGGAAGACAUGUUUGAGCGAUUUGUGGACGCUGGAAUCGCCAUGGUUCGUAAAGGAGGAGGCAAAUGCAUCUUUUUCUUCUCCUACGUUUGGUCAAUCGGUGCCACCACAGACGACAACGGGCGACGCUUGUUUGACAAACUUACCCGAGAAUUGAUGAACGGUGGCAUGAUGGAAGAAACGAGACAACGUUUGGCGUUGGUUGAACUAGUGCCUCCACCGUUGCAAGACUACGGAAGGCCCUUCCCGAUAAAACGGUCGGUAUUUGACUAUCGAUUAGUACCCCCACAAUCAGAAGAGAAUGAGGAAGAUAAUUUCCCGGUCAAGUGGGAGCUUUGGAAAGAAACAAUCCGGUUGGCGCCACCGAUUCCCAAAGAUGCCACAUUUCAUGAGAUUAUUGUACCAACUGUGGAAACAGUCCGGUGUUAUCAGCUGUUGGAAUUGUUUGUGUUGAAUUGCAAGCCUUGUCUAUUUGUCGGGCCAACAGGCACAGGAAAAUCAUGCUAUAUCCUGGACUUCUUGUUGAACAAAUUGGCCAAAGAUGUGUACAAACCAAACAAUUUGAACUUUUCCGCUCAAACCAGCGCAAAUCAGACACAGAAUAUCAUCCUGUCCAAAUUGGAUCGACGUCGCAAAGGUGUAUUCGGUCCACCAAUGGGCAAAAAGAUGAUCGUAUUUGUGGACGAUUUGAACAUGCCGGUCCGAGAAACUUACGGUGCACAGCCUCCGAUUGAACUGCUUCGGCAGUGGUUGGAUCAUUGGAAUUGGUAUGAUUUGAAGACCAACGAUUCCAUUCGUCUCAUUGAUCUAAUCUUUAUCGGAGCAAUGGGCCCGCCAGGUGGUGGCAGAAACCCGGUCACUCCGCGAUUUUUGAGACAUUUGAAUACGGUCACCAUCAACGAGUUCGAGGAUGACACGAUGCGGACCAUUUUCACUCGAAUCAUGGAGUGGCAUAUUUCAGUGCGCGGAUUCGGACCCGAUUUUAAAAAAAUCCCUACUCAAUUUGUUGCGGCCACUCUGGAAGUGUAUAAGGGGGCCAUGCAAAAUUUACUGCCGACCCCGGCCAAAUCGCAUUAUCUAUUCAAUUUGCGUGAUUUUAGCCGAGUAAUUCAAGGUGUAUUACUCUCUACCCCGGAGACCAUGGAUACCAAUACAAUACGACGCUUGUGGGUACACGAGGUAUUCCGAGUGUACUACGAUCGUUUGGUCGAUGGAGCAGAUCGUAAAUGGUUUUUCGAAUUCGUCCAACAAUGUGUACAGGCACAAUUGGAUACAACAUUUGAUAAUUUGCUCGCUCAUUUGACCGGGGGUGAGGACAAGGUGUCGGAAGAUCAUUUGCGCUCGUUGAUGUUUUGCGAUUUCUCCGAUCCACAAAGUGGCCGCAACUAUGUUGAAGUCCGGGAUGUGGAACGUUUACGCAAAGUGACCGAGGGAUAUCUGGACGAGUACAAUCAAUUGAGCAAGAAACCAAUGAAUCUGGUUCUAUUCCGUUUCGCUAUCGAACACGUGUGUCGCAUCGCUCGCAUUUUGAAACAGCCUCGGUCUCAUGCUUUGCUCGUGGGUAUCGGUGGCUCCGGGCGUCAAUCACUCACAAGACUUGCAGCUCACAUAAGCGACUUCGAUCUAUUUCAAGUGGAGAUUUCCAAAAGCUACGGAAACAACGAAUGGAGAGAAGAUCUGAAACGCAUAUUACGAAAAUCCAGUGAGACAGAAAAUCAUGCCGUAUUCCUGUUCACCGAUACACAAAUCAAACAUGAAAGCUUUUUGGAGGAUAUAAACAAUCUGUUGAAUGCUGGCGAAGUGCCCAAUCUGUAUCCACCGGAUGAGAAAAUGGAGGUGUGCGAGAAAAUGCGCCAAUUGGAUCGUGCCCGAGACAGAAGCAAACAGACCGACGGAUCCCCAGUCGCUCUGUUCAACUUCUUUGUUCAACGUGUCCGCGAACAGUUGCACAUUGUGCUCGCACUCAGUCCAAUUGGGGAUUCAUUUCGUAACCGAUUACGGAAAUUCCCCUCGCUGGUUAAUUGUUGUACAAUUGAUUGGUUUCAAGCUUGGCCUGAAGAUGCACUAACUGCCGUGGCGACUCGUUCACUGAAAGAAGUGGAAAUGACAGAUGAAGUGCGCGAAGGUUGUAUCAAUUUGUGCAAAUAUUUCCACACAAGCACACGGGAGUUAUCAGUGCGUUUUCUGGCUGAAUUGGAGAGACACAACUACGUAACUCCAACUUCGUAUCUGGAACUGAUCACCACAUUCAUGACGUUGUUGGAAAAGAAGCGAACGUGA